AUGCAGGAGGUGGCGCCGUCCCUGAAGGACAUGCUCGGCAACAUCUUCAGCGACUUCGUCUUCGGGAGGAGCGUGAAGAAGAUAAAGCGCGCCUCCGACGUGGUGCGGAGCGACCUCGACGACCUGGACGACGCGGCCAGGCCCGCGGCUCGCUCGGGCGCCUCCGGCGGCGCCGCCCGGGCCGCGAGGUCUCCGCGGCGAGGACCAGCGGCUCCGGCGACCGCGGCAGACCCCGCGGCGGAGGCCCAGGGCCUGGCCGAGGCCGAGCGUGUGGCGGAGGCCGAGCGCCUGGCGGAGGCCGAGCGCCUGGCCGAGGCGAGGCGCGUGGCGGAGGCCGAGCGCCUGGCCGAAGCCGAGCGUGUGGCGGUUGCCGCGAGCUUGGCGGAGGCCGAGCGCGUUGCCGUGGCGGAGGCGGCGGAGGCCGCGCGCGUGGCG